AUGUCAACCCAAUUUCUCUCAAAAUUAAGUCAAAAUUAUGUUAAAUUAUUGGAUGGUGAUAUAUACAGUGAUGUUACAAUUGAAGUUGGUGAAGACCCCAAUGUAAAAAUCUUUCGGGUACAUAUGAAUAUUAUGUGUUGUCGUUCCCCAUAUUUACGGCGAAUUUUGACCUCCAAUAAAAAAGAUAGUGACAAUGUAUUAUCUAAUAUUAAAUUACCGAAUAUAUCGGCGGAAAUAUUUCAAAUUAUUUUAAAGUAUAUUUAUGGUGGGAUUCUUUCAUUAGAAGAACAGGACACUUCAAACAUUAUUAAAAUAAUGAAAGCGGCUGAUGAUCUAUUGCUUCAAGAAAUAGUUGAUUAUUUACAAAGAUAUUUGAUUGAAAAUAAAUUCGAGUGGAUGGAACAAAAUUUUGAGCUUAUUCAUCAAACAAGUUUUCAAUCAAAUUAUUUAUUAGAACUUCAACAAUUUUGUACAGAUUUAAUGGCUAAAUGUCCAGAUAGAUAUUUUACAUCACUCAAUUUCACUUCAUUAUCCGAAAAAUCUUUAACUCAACUUAUUAAAAGAGAUGAUUUACAGAUGAAAGAAAUUGAAGUUUGGGAAUAUGUAUUAAAAUGGGGUCUUGCACAAAAUAAAUCUCUCAUUUUAGAUCCUAAUACUUGGUCAGAUAAUGAUUUCAAAACAAUGGAAAAUACCUUACAACAUUGUUUACCUUUAAUUAGAUUUUUUAAUUUAUCAUCCAAAGAAUUCUUACAAAAAGUUCGUCCUUAUAAGAAAUUAUUAAAUCAACAACUCUAUGAAGAUUUAUUAAAUUCUCAUUUAGAUCCUGAUAAUGAACCAUCUGACAGUAUUUCACUUCCUAGAAUUGUUAAGAAUGAUGAAAUUAUUGAUUCGGAAAUUGUUAAUUUAAAUAUUGUCUCAAUUAUUUCGAGGUGGAUUGAUAAAGUAGAUAAUAAUAAAUUUGCUCAUAUAAGAGAAUUAUAUUUACCUUAUAAAUUUCAAUUAUUAUUAAGAGGAAGCCGAGAUGGUUUUACUCCCAAAAAAUUUCAUACACUAUGUGAUGGUAAAUCUAUUACUGUAACAUUUAUUAAAGUAAAAGAAACGGAAGAAAUUCUUGGUGGUUAUAAUCCUAUAAUAUGGUUAUCAUCUUCUGAUCUUACUUAUGGUAAAACUAAAGAUAGUUUUAUAUUUUCUUUUAAAAAUAAGAAUAAUUUUAAAGAUCCAAUUAUUAGUAACGUAAAAAAUAUAGAUUACGCAUUAAAUUAUCACGUUAAAUAUGGACCAUGUUUUGGUUCUUCUGAUUUAAUUACAUAUAAUUCCAAUGAGGAUAUGGAUUAUGAUACGGAUUACUGUAAUGAAUGUCAUUAUGAAAAAAAGAUAAGAGAUGCUGAGACUAGAUUUUCUAUAGAAGAUUAUGAACGUAGUGGUCAUGAUAAUGCUGGAGCUUUAUGGACUGAAGAUUAUAUGAUUGUUGGAACUGCUACAUCCUCACCUUCAAAUGGUAUAUCAUCACAAAUUCAAAAUUCGAAGACUCCCAAUACCAUAAUUAUAUAUAGAAAAAAUUUUACUCAUGAUCUCUGUGGUAUGGUUUGGAGAUUUACUAAACCCAAGGGUGGAAUUUAGAUCUAAAGACUGCCUUGUAUGCUUGUUACCUGGAAGAAUUGAUGUAUGAAAUGGAUCAUCAUCAACCGAGACAUUGUUAAUGCUAAUCUUCAGGUCGUCACUUACACCUUCUUUUUCAUGGAAGAAUUGUUGGUGUGAAUAGUGGAAACCUAUUUAUUUAGUCGUAAUGAUGGUAUAGUAUUUAAAACAGGUGAUUCAACUUUUUUUUGGGCUAACUUAUUUCAUUAUAAUGAAAAUUUUAAAGUCUCUUUAUUUUUCUUCUUUUUUUCAUUUCUUUU